CGUCUGUGAAGCGAUCGUGCGGUCUGUGGGAGUGUGCGUCGGUUUUAAGGGUCAAUCGAAGUUUUCCUCGUAUUGCACUACUCAGUGCUAUCGUGUUUUUAGUCUUGCGAGGAUUUGAGUGAAAGCGCUCAGCUAGCACCCAAGGGACAACUCCUUCCUGAUUUUUUCUUCUGGUACGAGGUUAGCAAAAACAAACAGCCAAAAUGGACGCGAUCAAGAAGAAAAUGCAGGCGAUGAAGAUCGAGAAGGAUAAUGCACAGGACAAGGCCGAUACCUGUGAAAAUCAGGCCAAAGAGGCCAACCUCCGUGCCGACAAGAUCAUGGAGGAGGUCGCUGAGCUGACCAAGCGUCUGGAGCAGGUCACUCAGGAUCAUGAGAAGUUCAAGGCCAGUCUGGAGCAAGCCACCAAGGACUGCGAGGAUAAGGACAAACUGCUCACCUCCACCGAAGCCAAUGUUGCCGCCCUCACCCGCAAGGUGCAACAGGUUGAGGAAGAUCUGGAAAAGUCUGAGGAACGUUCGUCCGCCGCCCUGUCCAAGCUGCUAGAGGCCACCCAAUCGGCUGACGAGAACAAUCGUAUGUGCAAAGUGUUGGAGAACCGUUCCCAGCAGGAUGAGGAGCGUAUGGAUCAGCUUUCCAACCAACUGAAGGAAGCGCGUAUGCUCGCUGAAGACGCUGACACCAAGUCCGAUGAAGUGUCCCGUAAGCUGGCCUUCGUUGAAGACGAGCUGGAAGGCGCUGAAGAUCGUGUGAAGUCUGGCGAGGCCAAGAUCACGGAGCUUGAGGAAGAGUUGAAGGUCGUCGGUAACUCUCUGAAAUCCCUGGAAGUGUCAGAAGAUAAGGCCAACCAGAGAGUAGAAGAAUUCAAACGCCAGCUCAAGACUCUGACCAUCAAACUGAAGGAAGCGGAAACUCGUGCCGAGAACGCCGAGAAGAACGUCAAGAAACUGCAGAAGGAGGUCGACAGACUAGAAGACGAACUUGGUACCAACAAGGACAGAUACAAGUCUCUGGCCGACGAAAUGGAUUCCACCUUCGCCGAAUUGGCCGGUUACUAGAAGCAUCAUGGUCACACAACAGUGGGACCUUAGCUGUCCAGCAUCACAGCAAAUGUUCUGUUCAUUAAACCAACCAAACACUGUGUGCAAAUGUCACCAUGCGAGAACUGCGCUCCGAGAACACCAUUGCGAACGAAGAAACCGACUUGAUACUAGAUUAGGGAACAACAAAUGGAACAUCUAGUGGCGACAGUAAAUGUCCUCCGACCUCUAUUGGUGUGUGGAAAGCAUAAAACCUAUAACAACAUUAGGUAGAACACCCAAUGCUUUCAGAACAGUCCAUCCAAGAGCCAAUGUUUCGAGUCGUUGUUGUUGUUGUUGUUGUUUGUCGCCGGUGUUACGAAAACGUUUUCAAAGUUAUGCAUCUCGAUGUAUCGUAGCGGUUUUGUGCGGCUCCCCAAUACGAACUUGAAGGACCGUGUGCCCACUACGAUACCUGAGGUCUCAUACAUUGAUGUCGGUAGGAGAAGCGAGAGGCAAAUAUACUGGGUCUGGAAAUAACAUCACACCGAGUCCAAGCAUGUGAAUCUUCCAUGUUUACUUUCUCUUGAUAAAUGUAUUAUUUAUAUCUUUUGAAUAAAGCUAUGAGGACGGAACAUAAUUUUAAGUAAAUA